AUGUAUAAUUUCGUCAUCGGAAUUUUAUUAAUGAAUGUUUUCGUGAAUGCAUACAAUCCUACAAUUUAUGAACUCUCAUUAAGACCUUGGCUUUAUGAAUUAUCUGAUAAAUAUGGAAGAAAGAUUAGCAAGUUAAAUGAUAUUCCGAUGGAAGAAUUUUAGCAUCUUAAAGAAAUUGGAGUUGAUUAUGUUUGGCUAAUGGGUGAGCUUUAUUAUUAAAUAUAGGAAUUUGGUAACUUGGAAAAUAUGGGUUAGAGUUUGAUAAAGCUCAUGCAAAUGAUUAUAAAUCUAAUUUACCAGACUUUACUAUUGAUGAUGUUAUAGGUUCUCCUUAUGCUAUUACUGAAUUCGUAUGUAAUUCAGAAUUAGGUACAGACCAAGACAUUAUAAAUUUGAGAAAGAAAUUGAAUGAUAUGGGUUUAAAAUUAAUGCUUGAUUUUGUUCCUAAUCAUUCUGCAAUAGAUAGUCCAUAUAGAACAUCAAAUAUUGACUAUUAUAUAAGAGCUCCUCCUAAUACUCCUACACCCUAUGAUUCUGAAUAUUAUUUACCUGAUGGUGUUAGUUACGGUGGUGAUUAAUGGGAUGGAUUUUGGAAAGAUACGGCUUAAUGGAAUUAUUGGAAUUAAGAUACUAGAAACUAUUUAAAGUCUGUAGUAAUGAAGAUUGCUUCAAUGUCUGAUGGUAUGAGAUGUGAUAUGGCUAUGGUUAUAUUGAAUGAUUUAUUUUACAAUAAAUGGAAACCUUAAUUAGAUGCUUGGGGUUACAAAAGACCUUCAAGUGAAUUUUGGUCUGAAGUCAUUAAGGAAACAAAAUAACAAUAUCCUAAUACAAUCUUCUUAGCUGAAGUUUAUUGGAGCAAGGAAUAAGAUCUUAUAGAUUUAGGAUUUGAUUAUGUAUAUGAAAAAUGGUUAUUGGAUUAAUAGGCAACUUUAGAUGUUGGAAAGGUUAGAGCAAUAUUAUCUAAUUUAAAUAUAAAUGUAUUUAUAUUAUAUAGAUAAUAAUAGUAUGCAACUCAUUCAAAUCAUUUUGUUGAAAAUCAUGAUGAACCAAGAGCUAUUAUAAAAUUUAGUGGAAAAGAUUAUAUCUCAUGUGUUGCUGCAUUAAUGAGUUAUUCUAUUCCUGGAGCUAGAUUUAUUAAUCAUGGAUAAUUGGAGGGGUUAUCAAAUAAAUUAGAUGUUCAUUUAAGAAGAAGUUACAAAGAAAGUGGUUCAACAUAUGCUAAAUGGUUUUAUGGAAAGAUAUUACCAAUAUUAAAUAAAGAUGCAUUUAAAUCAGGAAAUUGGACUUAAUUGAAUGUUAUUGGAGAUUAAUAUUGGAAGUUCUUUGCUUUUAGAGUAAUUCUAUUAAAAUAUGCAAUAGUGGACUAAUUCAUCAGAAAAAAUAGUUGUUAUUAUUAAUUACUCUGAUGGAUCUGGAUAUGGACUUGUUAAAUUAAGUGACGCUUCAAGUGGAUAAUAAACAAUCACUGAAUUAAUUACUGGAUAGACUUAUGUGAGAAGUGGAGAUGAUAUGAGAAAUAAUGGUUUAGGAGUCAUUGUUGAUGGAUGGAAUGCUUAAAUUUUUAAAUAUUUCUGAGAAAUAUAAAUAAAUAUAUAUAUUAUGG